UUGGACGUGCUUAUUGUCGUAAAAUUCAAACCUGAAGGUUCGUUAAGAUUACACAAAUUUGUCGGAAAGGUCUGUAUUUUGCAGUGGUGCCUCAUUCGAAAUCUUUGGGUUUCACAUGGUAAGAAUUUUGUUGCUGGUUUAUCAAUUCAGUUGGUCCUAGUGAUCGGUGACUUCCACAUUCCUGACAGGAAACGUUCUUUACAUCCUGCUUUUAAGACUCUUUUAGCUCCUGGAAAAAUCCAACAUAUAUUAUGCACUGGAAACCUUACUUCGAAACAUAUGUAUGACUAUUUAAAGCUUAUUUGUGGAGAUGUGCAUGUUGUGAAAGGCGACUUUGAUGAGGCUUUAGAUUUCCCUCUUACAAAGGUUUUAAGCGUUGGAAACUUUAAGAUAGGACUUAUACAUGGACAUCAAAUAGUUCCUUGGGGAGACCAAAAAAGUUUAGCUACGCUGCAACGGGAGUUAGACGUUGAUAUAUUGAUCAGUGGUCAUACUCAUAAGUUUGAAGCCUAUGAAUAUGCCGGACACUUUUAUAUUAAUCCUGGUUCUGCUACCGGUGCAUAUAGCCCUUUUGAAAAAAACCCGCAACCUUCAUUUGUUCUUUUGGAUAUUCAAGAAACCGCAAUACAGUUAUAUGUGUACACCCUAGUCAAUGAUGAACAUAAAGUUUCUCGCAUAGAAUACCAGAAAAACAAAUGUUUGUAACUAUGAACUAACUGUAUUCAUUGUAUUUUAGCAAUAUCUUGUAAUUUAUUUAUCUUCUUCCCAUUAUAAUGAAACUGAUUUUGA